GUGUGUGUGUGUGUGUGUGUGUGUGUGGUGGGUGGGGUGGACAGAUAUGUCUACAGAUCAAAUGCGAAACUGAAGAGAACUGCCAGGGUAUAUUGGUCCAUUGGUACGUCAAGGGAGAGAGAGUGCGAUUGUCAGAUACAGUGAUUUGGAUUUUGAGCGGCCAGUGCGAACUGGGAGCAGGCAUCACAAGGGAGAGAGGAAGAGAAGAGGAAGAGGGGGUCAGCUAGGUGGGUUAUGAAAGCAGUGCAUCCUGUAGUGAAACAUGCACUAAAUGUCAAUUCAUAUCUGUGUAUAGCUUCACGGAUGAGAUUUACUGCAGUGGGCCUUUUUCUCAUAGAUUUCUUAAAAUACAAACCAGCUGUAAGGAACUACUCUGAGUCUGUUACAUACAAACUAAGUUAACCUCUAAAAGGCGACACCGCUGUAACAGAAGUGAAAGAAACUACAGAAGAGAUGGUGGAGUGCCUGAAAACUUUGGGAUACCUUUUACUUCUCUCUUGUGUCUCAUCGACUGAAUCCCGCAUUCUGAAAUUUGUUGUAGCCGUAUUUCGUCAUGGCGAUCGAUCCCCCAUUGAGUCGUUUCCCACGGACCCUCACGGUGAGGAAGUGUGGGCACAAGGCUUCGGGCAGCUAACUGAGUUGGGGAUGAGACAGCAGUUUGACUUUGGCAGGUUUCUAAAGAGACGCUAUGGACACUUCCUCAGUGAAGACUACAACAGCAAAGAGGUGUACGUGCGGAGCACAGACUAUGACCGCACUCUAAUGAGUGCCCAGGCUAACCUGGCUGGGCUGUUCCCCCCAAACAGACGCCCCCCUCCCCUCACGCCCCAGUUACCAUGGCGGCCCAUUCCAGUGCACACUGUCACCAGAGCACAGGAUAAGCUGUUGAAGUCCCCAAGCAAACACUGCCCCAGGUUUAGAGAGCUGAUGGGGGAGACGUUUGACAGCCAACACUACCGGAGAGUUCUCAAGUCUCACCAGCGAUUUAUACAGGAGCUCUCCAACCACACUGGGUACCCUGUGUCUAGGCUGCUGGGCAGGAAUUCCAUCUGGAGGGUCUACGACACUCUCUCCUGUCAGAGGAAUCACAACCUGACCACCCCUGGCUGGGCCACACAGGAAGUCCUCAACACUCUACAGGAAAUAUCCUCCUUUGAGGUCAUGUUCAGCGUCGUCACUCACAAGAGAAAGGAAAAGGCUAGGCUCUCAGGAGGGGUUCUGUUGAAUGCCAUCCUGAGGAAUUUCUCCAAGGCAAUGGAGCAAGGGAGCACGCUCAAGUUCAUCAUGUAUUCAGCACAUGACUCCACCCUCAUCACUCUCCAGGCUGCCCUAGACAUUUACAAUGGUCUUCUUCCUCCUUAUGCUGCCUGUCAGCUCUUUGAGUUCUACCAAGAGGAUGAUGGGUCCUAUUCUCUUGACUUGUAUUACCGUAAUGACUCAUCCCGUGAUCCCUACCCGACCCCUGUGCCUGGCUGUGAGACAACGCCGUGCCCUCUGACCUCAUUCACUGACCUGGUUAAAGAUGUCAUCUCUACGGACUGGGACGCCGAGUGUGGGCUCAAACCAUCAUGGUCCAGCACAGGUGUCAUUGCGGCGCUUGCAGUGGCAGUAGCUAUCCUGACAAUGUCGCUGUUGGCCAGCAUAGCUGUGUUGAUCCACCAGAGGAGAAACCUGUACUCCAGGGAGGGGUAGUAAGGCUCUCCAGGCUUGAAAAAGUCUUCCUAAAACAACAUGGAGGCGUUUGGAGAGGACAGGGCAAUACAUCAAUACUUAUAGGCCUACUAUCUCUGAGAUUAAAAUGGAAAUAAUCCAUACAAUGACCUUGUGAAUUUUGUUCUCUUGUGAUAUAUUGUACUGUUUUUUAUUGUAUUGUAUUGAGUUCCUAUUGGAUUUUGUUCUAUUUAGCAGAAUGUCAAGUCAUCUUAGGUCUUUGUUGAGUGAUUUGGCUUUUAUAAUAUUUAGAAAAUGAUUGAAUUAGUUGUCUCCUUGACUCUUUCCACAUUUUGUUGCCUGAAUUUAAAAUGGAUUACAUUAAGAUUUAGUUGUCACACACAAUACCCCAUAAUGUCAAUGUGGAAUUAUGUUUUUCAAUUUUUUUACGAAUU